AUGCCGGGUCACCGCAGCUUUGUCCUUCAAGUCGGGGACUCCAAUUCAAGAGACCCCGAGGCUGUCAUCGUUGAGGGUCUCGGAAAGACUACCAUUAUGGCGAAUUGCGCCAGUAAUGAAGGUAAUGGGAAUGGCACCUUCAGAGAGCGUUCCACCACGCAGAUCUCCGCCAGAAAUUCACCGCGGAAGGGUGACUUUGACAAACCCACAGCUGCCAGACCGCUGGCCAUCACGGAAAGCUCCAUUCAACAACGUCUCAUCCUGCCAGAUCGACCGUCAGACCGAGCGCUAGCCAUUGAGAAGACGGCAGUUCAGUACGCCGUACGACCUCCUUCCGCCAAAAGUCUACUGCAAAAGAGUCACUUCGACAAGCUUCUUUCUGCCGGAAUACCCUGCGGCAAGAGCUCCUUCAACAAGUCCCUCAGCUCACCAGACCGCAGGCCGCCGGCGGCUUGA